GUCUUUACCUCGAAAUAAUCGCCGUUGCCGAUUAAAUCUUUUGUCGUUGGUGGCUCCCUCGACGACUCCGUCGGCUCCCGCCCAUCACCUCUUCAACUCCCACACUCCACCCUCCACUUCCUCUCUCUCUCUCUCUCUCUCUAAACCCACCACCAUGGAACCCUCCCUCUCCCGCAUCGGGCUGGCCGGCCUGGCAGUCAUGGGCCAGAACCUAGCCCUAAACAUCGCCGACAAGGGCUUCCCCAUCUCCGUCUACAACCGCACCACCUCCAAGGUCGACGAAACCCUAGAUCGGGCCCGCAACGAGGGAAACCUCCCUUUAAGCGGCCACUACACCCCCAAGGACUUCGUCCUGUCCCUCAAACGGCCCAGAUCCGUCAUCAUCCUAGUCAAGGCCGGGUCCCCUGUCGACCAGACCAUCGCCGCCUUGUCGGAUUAUAUGGAGCCGGGUGAUACUAUUAUCGAUGGUGGGAAUGAGUGGUACGAGAAUACCGAGAGGCGGCUGCAUGAGGUGUCUCAGAAAGGCAUCCUUUACCUCGGUAUGGGUGUUUCCGGCGGUGAAGAGGGUGCCCGUAAUGGUCCUUCUCUGAUGCCAGGUGGAUCCUACCAGGCCUACUUAAACAUAGAGGAAAUCGUGAAGAAAGUUGCAGCUCAAGUUGAGGAUGGUCCCUGCGUGACCUAUAUUGGUGAAGGAGGGUCAGGUAAUUUUGUAAAAAUGGUGCAUAAUGGAAUUGAAUAUGGUGAUAUGCAGCUGAUUUCUGAGGCCUACGACGUGUUAAAAAAUGUGGGAGGGUUGUCGAAUGUUGAAUUGGCUGAGAUUUUCAGCGAGUGGAACAAAGGGGAGCUUGAGAGUUUCUUGAUUGAAAUCACGGCGGAUAUAUUCAAAGUGAAGGAUGAACAUGGAGAGGGAGAAUUAGUGGAUAAGAUUCUAGAUAAGACGGGGAUGAAAGGGACUGGGAAAUGGACAGUCCAGCAGGCGGCGGAGCUGUCAGUGGCAGCUCCGACGAUUGCCGCCUCAUUGGACUGUAGGUACUUGAGUGGCUUGAAGGAGGAGAGAGAGGCUGCGGCAGAGGUGUUAGAGGCAGCAGGAUUGAAGGAGGAGGUUGGGACUGUGAGGAGUGGGAUUGAUAAGAAGAGGCUGAUUGAUGAUGUGAGGCAGGCAUUGUAUGCAUCCAAGAUUUGUAGUUAUGCUCAGGGGAUGAAUUUAUUGAGGGCGAAAAGUGUUGAGAAGGGAUGGGAUUUGAAUUUCGGUGAAUUGGCUAGGAUUUGGAAAGGAGGGUGUAUUAUUAGGGCCGUAUUCUUGGACCGGAUUAAGAAGGCGUACCAAAGGAAUCCGAAUUUGGCUAGUUUGGUGGUGGACCCGGAUUUUGCGAGGGAGAUGGUGCAGAGGCAGGCGGCAUGGAGGAGAGUCGUUGGGUUGGCCAUUUCUGCUGGGAUUAGUACUCCUGGGAUGUGUGCUAGUCUUUCUUAUUUUGAUACAUAUAGGAGAGCAAGGCUCCCUGCGAACCUUGUUCAAGCUCAAAGGGACUUGUUUGGGGCGCAUACCUAUGAGAGGAUUGACCGCCCGGGUGCAUUUCAUACGGAAUGGACAAAGCUUGCUCGAAAGGGUGACACCCAUGUAGCUGCUCUCAAUUGAGCUUUACCAUUUGUUUGUGCUCAUUGGGUUUUGUUGGUGUUUCAAUUCACAUGGGUUGUAUCUUUUGUUGCUGGGGAUUUUACCUGCUUAGGCAUUUCUAUUGUUGUUUUAGCCUUGCAGUGGUUUUCCAUUUUGCUGCUAAUAAGUGAUGCAUGCCUACUGGCUUCAUUGGAA